AUGUUCAAUCUCCGGGUCCUCUGUCGAGACCAUCCACAGCGGACUAUUGCCCUCGUGACAUCAGACCAUGUCCUAAUCUUCCAUUACGGUGCGACCGAAUCUGGUUCAGCCGCAGGUCCGCCCCGCUGCCGGGUCGAAUUCUCCGAUGCUAGUUCUGCAGACCUCGAAGCCUAUCGGCCUCUGGGCGCUGGGUAUGGAACUCUUGGAUUGGUCACUUUGAACGACGAUGUAUUCGUUUGCGUGAUAACGACUGCUUCUCAAGCCGCCAACGUAAGGCCCGGGGAGACUGUGGCACGAAUCGAAUCGGUUGACUUUUAUUGCCUCAACCGGAUCGAUUAUGAGUAUGGGCUGGACUACGAAACUUCAGGGCAUUUUGCUGCCGACGAGCGUCCAGGGCAAGAGAGCAGAGAAGUGCUCACCGAUCAUCCUUUCUUAGCAUUGAAGAAGUUGCUGGGGGAUGGCAGUUUCUACUACAGUCUGGACUUUAACCUGACCGAUAGACUUCAAGACCGUGCCGACAAGUCCGCGGCUUUCGACAUCGAUUCUUUAGACCAAGAUAUGCUUUGGAACUCAUACAUGAUCAAACCUCUUCUUAAUUUUCGACAAGGUCUGCCCCCGUCUGAGAAGGCUAAAUUAGAUGCAUCCCGACUGCUCACAUGUGUCAUCCGCGGAUAUGCCGGUACUUUGAAGCUGCCGGCUACUAUUCCGAUUUUACCUAAUGUGCGGUCAACACUGCCUUCACUUUUUACCAUCAUUUCACGGCAGUCCUCCAGGCGUGCUGGUACCAGGUUCAACUCCCGGGGUAUUGAUGAUGACGGCCAUGUUGCCAACUUUGUCGAAACCGAAGUUAUUCUCUGGGUUGCCCCGGGUAUCGUCUUUUCGUAUGUUCAAGUUCGAGGAUCGAUACCCAUAUUCUGGGAGCAAACACCAGGAUUGAUUCCUGGUCAGCAAAAGAUUGAGAUCACACGAUCAAGCGAGGCAACGCAACAUGCGUUCGACCAACACUUCGAAGCCCUCGCAUUGGAAUACGGCGCUGUGCAUGUCGUCAAUCUGCUCAGUGAACAAAGAUCAGGUGAAGCUGAUUUAUCUGCCAAGUAUCGCAAGCACAUUGCACGGAGUUCACUCCGCCAAAGGGAAGCAGAUGGUAGUCUCGAGCACAGCCUCCUUCGGUUGACAGAAUACGAUUUCCAAGCUGAGACUCGGGGGCCGACUGGGUACGAAGCAAGUAACCAGAUUAGGCCGCUACUGUCUGAUUCUCUGGGUGCAUUCUCAUUCUUCCUAUCUGAGGAACACCAACGAUCCGAAGAUGCACCCAGCUCUUCAUUCGUGAUUCUGCAACAAGAGGGCGUGUUCCGCACCAACUGUUUGGAUUGUCUAGAUCGAACAAAUCUAGUCCAAACUAUCAUCAGUUCGAUGUCGAUAGAAUCGUUUCUUCAUCAGCAAGGGGGUAGGUUUGGUUCAGACAUGCAGAUGCGCCACUCAACCCUCUGGGCGGACAACGGCGAUGCUCUUUCAAAGAUCUAUGCAGGUACAGGUGCUCUCAAAUCUUCCUUCACUCGGAGUGGGAAGAUGUCGCUCGCGGGAGCGCUUGCGGACGCACGUAAAAGCGCUACUCGACUUUACGUCAACAACUUCACGGAUAAAGCUCGUCAGAAGACGAUAGACCUUCUGCUGGGUAGAUUGGCAAAUCAAAUACCAGUCUAUCUCUACGAUCCAGUGAAUGAUAUGGUCACAGAGGAAUUGGCCCGACAUGCCUCUGAAUUCUCCACCACCAGAGAUAUCCGGCUCUGGGUCGGAUCAUUCAACGUCAACGGUCGUAAUGAGGGGCCCGGUACUGAUCUUACCCCUUGGCUGUUCCCUGAAGCCGAUCAAUCCGACGAAGACCCAGUGAUAUUUGGUGUCGCUUUCCAGGAAAUUGUGGACUUAAGCCCCCAGCAGAUCAUGUCUACAGACCCAGGCACUCGAAAGGUCUGGGAAAGGGCCGUUCAGGACUGCUUGAAUCGGCGUUGCAAGCAAAAAGGGACGGGCAGGUAUGUCCUACUGAGAAGUGGGCAGCUCGUAGGUGCUGCCUUGAUGAUUUAUGUGAAGGCGGAUUCUCUGCACGAUGUCAAGAAUGUCGAAGGUGCCGUUAAAAAGACUGGUCUCUCUGGGAUUGCUGGAAAUAAAGGUGGAUGUGCCAUCCGAUUUGAGCUCUGCGAUACUAGUAUAUGCCUCGUGACUGCACAUCUGGCAGCUGGUUUCGCCAAUUAUGAUGAACGGAAUAAGGAUUACGAAACUAUUCAUGGCGGUCUUCGCUUCCAGAAGAGUCGCUCAAUUGCCGACCAUGACGUGGUGAUUUGGCUCGGUGAUUUCAAUUACCGCAUCGGCCUUGCGAAUCAAAUUGUGAGGGACCUAGUUGCACAGCGCGAGUACCCAAAGCUCUACGAACACGAUCAGUUGAACCUUCAAAUGGUUGCCGGGAGAGCAUUCCAAUAUUAUCAAGAGGGCCGGAUAACCUUCCCACCAACCUACAAAUACGAUAUCGGGACUGAGACUUACGACACUUCUGACAAAGGACGUAUUCCGGCUUGGUGUGACCGUGUGCUCUGGAGAGGAAACCUGCGACAAACCAACUAUCAAACUGCGCCCUUGCUGGUUUCGGACCACCGUCCCGUGUGGGCAACUUUCGAGAGCAGAAUCAAUGUCAUUGACCAUGCCCGCAAAGAUCACCUCCGUCGUCAGAUCUAUGAAAAUAAACAACGAGACGCCCUCUCUGACGCCGUUAAUCUCUUGGAUCUGGACGAUGAAGAUAGUGCGGGUCCAGUAUCCAUUGCUCCAGGGCUUCCGCCAGCAAGUUCCGACCGCAGUCGGUGGUGGCUGGACAACGAAAUCACAGGUGCCCCUGGCAAAGCCACCCUUCAGCCGCCUGGAGAAGGCCUCGUGCCAAACCCCCCGGCGGAAAUCGAAUCCGUUCUCCCCAGAUUCAGAGCCUGA